AUGUUAAGUCCUAGGCUUUUUGCGGCGGCUGCCUUCGCAGCUGGCCACGUUGUUCACGCCCUCGCAGCUGACAUCAGCUCGACGGAGCCUGCCAACUUCAAUGUUGUAGACGCACUUCAUGGGCUAGGCAUUGUCGUUUCUGAGAUUCCAAACCUGACCGGCUUCAACAAGAGGUCGGAAAUAGGCUGCUCCGCUGCGUGUGGCACUUUGAAAUUUGUCUAUGGCGAUGAUGCUGUCGAAACGAGAAAUGAACCUGCAUACACUGAGUUCGUCAGCUCAUACUGGUCUGGGAACCAAGCCCAGGUCAGCCCUUAUUGUGUCUUCAAGCCGUCGAAGCCAGAGCAAGUAUCUGUCGUGGUUCUACUGUCCCGUCUCACGCAGUGCCCAUUCGCUGCCAAAAGCGGUGGCCACGCCGCAAUGGCUGGUGCGUCCAACUCUCAGGACGGGAUCACGAUCUCAUUCCAGAACAUGAAGAGCAUCGCGCUGUCUGCUGACAAGAAGAUUGCUUCGAUCCAACCUGGCAAUAUCUGGGGCGACGUCUACCGCGAGCUCACAAAGUCUGACUUGAAUGUCAUCGGUGGUCGGAUAUACGACAUCGGUGUUGGUGGACUGACUACUGGAGGUGGCAUAUCCUACUUCUCUAACCUCUACGGCUGGGCUUGUGAUAAUGUCGAGAGCUACGAUGUCGUCACUGCUACCGGUGCUAUCAUCCGAGCAUCAGCCAACCAGUUCCCGGACCUGUACUGGGCCCUACGUGGCGGCGGCAACAACUUUGGCCUCGUAGUCAGCUUCAACCUCCGGACCAUCUCGCUCCCAGGCGGUAAGAUGUGGGGUGGUUCCCGUACCUAUCUCCAAGACUCGUUCCCUGCGCUCUCUGAGGCUUACGCCAACUUUAUUGCGAACGCGGAAGAGGACCCGAAGGCUGGCUUGUGGCACGUAUACGCCUACUUCAACGGCACCAAACUCUCCCUCCCGACGCUGUAUUAUGCCGAGCCGGAUGGCGGCGAGGCCGACAUCUUUUCCGAAUGGAACGCUAUUCCCGCCAUUUCGGACACGACGCAGAACCGCAUAAUUGCUGACUGGGCUGCGGAAGGAGCUCAGGGUUCACCGCCGGGACCGCGGGAGAUUUAUUCCGUCAUUAGCAGCAAGGCCGACAAGGGACUUGUUGAUGCCGCUCAGGAAAUCUACUUUGAGGAGGUUCUUGCCGUGACGGACCUGCCUGGCAUUCUUCCCACUUUGGUGCUCCAGGGAAUCACCAUUCCGAUGUUGAAGCACAUGCAGCAGAACGGGGGCAAUGCACUGGGUCUCAAUGUCGAAGACGGCCCGUUCUACAUCAUUCUCCUCUCCAUAAUGUGGAGUAACGAAGAGGACGACGACAAGAUUUACUCUUUUGCCUCAACAGUUAUGCAAAGAAUCAACGAUGAAGCCAAGGCGCGGGGGCUGGAGAACGACUACAUCUACAUGAAUUACGCCGCACAGUUCCAGGAUGUUGUCAGUGGAUACGGUGCGGAUAAUAAGGCUAAGCUCAAGAGCAUCGCGAAGAAGUAUGAUCCCAAGGAGGUGUUCCAGAAACUGCAGCCUGGGUACUUCAAGCUGGAUCGCGCCCCGGUGCCGGGUUCCAAGUACUUCAACUGGUAG